GGCUGGGUGGCUGGGGCCGAGGCCGGAGGGAGCGCAGCGGCGCGUCCGGGCCGAGCAGGCGGUGGCGUGCAGGACAGGCCGGCUGGGAGGCGGCGCGGAGCUGGGGCCGGCGCGGCGCGGAGGCAGGAGAGCGAGACGGGGCCCUGCCCGGGAGCCCGGGGCGGGAGGCCUGAGGGGGGCGGCGGGCCUGGAGCUGAGCCUGGAGCGGUCCCGGCCCCGCCGGCCCUGGGAGCCCGGGGGAGGGGGAGCCGAGUGAUCCCGAAGGGACGCCGAGUCCCUUCCGUGUCCCCGUGGUCCUUUGAACCCCGGGGAGGGGGGGUGGGAUUGCGUCCCUGUUUCCUGAGCCGCUGCGGGGGACCACAGCCCCUCCUCCUGACCCGGAUUGGGACCCCAGGCCCCCCUCCUGAGCCCCGGGGGCGUCCCCCAGCCCCCUUCUCCGGACCCCAUUAUGUCUCUGAGCCAGCAGUCCCCUGUCUGAGACCCAGGGAGACUUUCUCCGACCUCUCUUCCCCGAAUGGCCGGGGAGACACCCACUCCCUUCUCCUGGUUUCCAGCAGGCCGCCCGCCCCUUCUCUGAAGCCCAGCCGGCAGUCUACAGCCCCCUUCUGUGAAUGUUGGGGAGGAGCGUCCUACUGCCUCUCUGAGACCCAGAAGGAGUUCUGACCUGUUCUGAACCCCAGUGGGGACCCAACUUCUCCCUGAGCCCCAGAGAAACCAGGAGGCAUCUCCUCUCCAAUACAUAGAGGGCCUCGGCAACCCUCCCUGGGUACCCCAAUCUCUGAGCCUUAGUGGGGUGCUCAGAGCCCGUCCCCCAGGACACCCAGUUUCCUGGAGAUUGCUCCCAGUGGGGACCCAGAGCAGCCCCUCAGAGGCUCAGCUAGUACCCAGUUCUCCUUUCUCCCGGGCCCUCAGGCGCCCCUCCUGGAUACCCAGCUUCGAGCUCUGGGCCUUGGGGGUACCUUGCUUUUCUUCUUGGUCCCACCCUCCUCCCGGAGUUUCUGUGGGCUCCCUGGGGCCUCCCCUGAACUUAGAGGGUUCCUGGGCCAGAAGAUCUAUUUUGUUGUCUUCCAAGCUCCAGAGGCGACCUCCUCUCCCCCACUGGAGAUUCCAGGGGAAGAUCCCGACCUUCCUUUCUCAGAAUCCAGUGGAAAGUGAGCCCCUCGCUUCCUUCAGCACCCCACUUGUUCCAACCGCCCCCCCCCCCCCCCCCCCGCCCCGGGCCACCCUCGGGACUCUGCCUCCUUUGCACCUGCUCGGCUACGGCCCCGAGGAUGAUGAUGUGGUCCAACUUUUUCAUGCAAGAGGAGGACCGGCGGCGGCGGGAGGCGGCAGGCCGGCGGCGGGCUCUCGGGCAGCACCAGUCCCGGCUGACGCCGGAGCGGGAGGGAAAGAUCAAGCUGGGACUCCUGCUGAGCGCGGUGGGCGCCACGCUGGCCGUGCUGGCCGUGGGCACCGAGUUCUGGGUGGAGCUCAACACCUACAAGGCCAAUGGCAGCGCGGUGUGCGACGCUGUCCACCUGGGGCUCUGGAAGAUGUGCACCAAGCGACUGUGGCAGGCGGACGUGCCCGCGGGCAGAGACACCUGUGGCCCCGCGGAGCUGCCCGGAGAAGCAAACUGCACCUAUUUUAAAUUCUUUACCACGGGGGAAAAUGCACACAUCUUCCAGAGAACUACAAAGAAAGAGGUGAAUCUGGCAGCUGCCGUGAUAGCAGUGGUAGGCUUGGCACUCAUGGCCCUGGGGUGCCUCUGUAUCAUCAUGGUGCUCAGCAAAGGUGCAGAGUUCCUACUCCGAGUCGGAGCCAUCUGCUUUGGCCUCUCAGGCCUGCUGCUCCUGGUCAGCCUGGAGGUGUUCCGACAUUCUGUCCAAGCCCUGCUGCAAAGAGUCAGCCCUGAGCCUCCCCCAGCCCCAGCCCUGGCCUACGAAUACUCCUGGUCCCUGGGCUGUGGGAUGGGGGCCAGCCUGGUCCUCCUGCUGGCCAGUGGCUGCUUCCUCCUGCUCACCUUGCCUCCGGGGCCCUGGGGCUCACUCUGCCCCAAGCUGGGGCACAGGGCCACCUAGAGCCAGCACUGUGCCUUCUCUAACUCCUUCCUUUUCUUCUUAUCCCUCAAAGUCUUUCCCCUUGUCCUGGAGAAACUGUGUUCUGCCUGCUGUGGGGCACACGUUGUUUGCACACACCUCCCUCUCCUGCCUCAUGUUUUCCCUCUGUGAAUAUGUUCUUCUCGGUGGCCGAAUUGGGAUGCUUGGGGUACGAUGGAGAGAGGCCUUUUACAAACGAGGGUCCCCAGGGAAGGCUUGCAGGGGGACCUGAUGGGGUAACUGGGGAGUAGGGUGGGGGGGAUGAGGUCAGGGGGUCUUAGGACGGACUUGGACUGAUUCAUUUCCCAGAUCUGGAUGUAUUCACUUGUGAGAGAGGCAUCUUCCAACUAAUUUGAACCUUGGGGAAACAGGGGAGGGGGAGGGGAAAUCGCUGGGUCUGGCCUCGCUGUGGUCUGGUUUGGGAUUAAAGGUUUGGAAAUUUCAGAGCUUUGA